AAUUUCUUGAGAGUUUUAGAUAAGUUAUCGCAUCCCAAAAACACAAUGAAUCCUAGCAGAAGCGACAUAAUGAGCCCGAAAGAUUUAAGUUACCUCAGCGUUACAUCGCCAAUGAGCAUUAUAGACAGUAGAACCACUAAAAGCGAUAGUUUUGAACCUAAAUCGAGCAUAGACGGAGAAAAGUUGAUUGAUUUUGUCGAAACUAGAGAUUCAUCUGAAGAAUUGUGGAAUUCUAUUAUUUACAUACCAGAUAUUGAACUUGCCUAUGAUAAGAGAGAAAAAUUCACAACUAUAUUUAAAAGAUUAUUGGGGGUGCUUCCCAUUUAUACUUCCCAAGAAUUGGAUUGGCAAAUCAAAAGAAUUACCAAUUGUUGCUUGAAACACAUAAAUGAUUUACAUGAAAUUCAUUUGAAGAGGAGCGCAGCAAUUAAAAUGAUUGAAGACAUUAUUUUGAGAAUGGACAUGUUUCACGUACAAAUUCAACAUAUUGUACAUCUUACUUGGUCAAUAAUGAGUAUCUUACAUCAUUUUCAAAUGAGAUUUAGAAGCGGAGCGAAGUCUAUUAUAACUUGGACCAGACAGAGACAAUUUCAAGAAUGCAUGGAACUUUAUAGGAGAUUGAUAAGUGUUUUUCCCAAGUCAGCAUAUCCUAUGGUAUUGAAAGCAAUGUUACUUUUUUACACAGCAGGGAGGUUGUGGACCAUUGGAAGACUGUGGUCCGUAGAAUUUCCUUUAACGGAAAUGAUUUGCAUUUUACUGAUUUACUAUACUCAAAUAGAAGAAGUUAUAGAAGAAAUUCUAACCACAGCAGAAAAUUGCUCUUUUAACUCAGACGUGGAACCACGCGUCUUGAUAAAAAUCCUCUCAGAAGUUCUAGCCAAAGUCAAAUUUGCGUACAUGUCCAACAGUUUAAUGAAAAGGCUCUUGGAUAUGUUCGAGAAAAGUCUCGGGCCUAAAAGUUACCAUGAUUUUCGUUAUGGACCCAUGAAAAUAGGACUUAAAACAAGCCUGAUGAAUAUCACGAGAAAUUUGGAAAAUAAAGAUUUGUUAACUUUGGCAAGAAUUAUUGAACUUCUCGAACAUACGAUAAAAUUCAAUUUUCUGGUAUUUAGAGUUUUUCUUAGAGGCGUAUAUUACAAUAUAAAAAUUGCCAAAUUUAGUGCAAGAGACCGGAAAUAUUAUAAAAGACACAGAACUGAUAUUUACAGGGUAUUAAUGACUGGAUUGAAAAACCACUAUGACAUCAAAAUAAAUCUAGACAACAUGUACACUUACUUAGCAAUCAUUUGUGUGGAAAUACCUGCAUCCUACGUGGCCGUAAGUAUAGUGUCUUUUGCUAUGUCGAUGCAGGAGUUCAUUUUACGAACCAAUCCUCCGAAUACGGUUGCUUGUCAUCAUGUCCACGCUAUUGUGAUGUCGCUUUUGUCUUUAGUAUGCUAUGUCCAUAAAGCAGAGGUAUUUUACACCUAUGUUACUUCCAUCAUGGAAAGACGAUCCGAUUCAGCACCUCAUCUGAAUCCUCCAUUGAAGGUGGUUUACAAAUACGCUCAACAUCACGUUUUGUGGAACAAGUCAGAUCUGUUUUUUGAAGAAUGGGAAGCCAGAUAUGGUUUGUGGAAGUGUUUCAGGACCAGUAAAACUGACACGAAGGAAGAGAGCAGCAAAGAUUUUCUUCCGCCUCAUUCGAAGAUUCUCAUUUAAUUUUUUAGUUAUUAAUUUUCACUUUUAACCUAGCCAUUGCUAAAAGGCAUAUCAGUUGAGCAGCUUGAAGAAAAG